AAUGUCCUUAGGGCACAUUGUCCUCUCACUUCUCUCUAAACUGUGACGCCUAUCUUCGCUAUUACAUCCAUCUUCUAGUUCCGACUUCUCGGUCCCGGUACCGUUUCUUAUUUAUCAGUCCGAGUGAGAUGUGAUCAGCUCGUUCCCUCCGAUGGCGCUCCCCGCGAACCUUUUGCCGGACGAGGCGAGCCCCAAGUGGUUGAACAAGGCCGACAACGUGUGGCAGCUGACGGCGGCCACCCUCGUCGGCCUCCAGAGCAUCCCGGGCCUCGUGAUCCUCUACGGGAGCAUGGUGAAGGGGAAGUGGGCUGUGCACUCAGCCUUCAUGGCGUUCUACGCAUUCGCGGCGGUCCUCAUCUGCUGGGUCGGAUGGGGCUACUGAAUGUCAUUCGGGGAGAGGCUGGCGCCCUUCCUAGGGGAACUGGGCGUGACACUGGACGAGGAGUAUCUACUGGGGCAAGCCUUCGUGGGGCUGUUCCCGACGGCGACGAUGGUGUUCUUCCAAGGCGUGUUCGCGGUGAUCACGUUGAUCUUGGUCGCUGGCGCCCUCCUGGGGAGGAUGAACUUUAGGGCAUGGAUGGUGUUUGUGCCAUUGUGGUUGACAUGUUCGCACACGGUAGCCGCUUAUACCAUAUGGUGCCCGGAUGGAUGGUUGGCUAAGCUUGGAGUGAUUGAUUUCUCCGGAGGUUAUGUGAUCCACCUUUCCUCUGGUGUUGGCGGAUUCACGGCUGCCUACUGGGUGGGUCCAAGAGCAGACAAGGACAGGGAAAAUUUCCCUCCCAACAACCUCAUAUUGAUGCUCGCAGGGGCAGGCCUGCUUUGGAUGGGGUGGACGGGUUUCAACGGCGGAGCCCCGUUCGCCGCCAGCAGCGUCACAUCUCUGGCUGUCCUCAACACGCACGUGUGCGCCGCCACGAGCUCGCUGAUGUGGCUGAUCCUCGACUCCUUCCUAUUUGGCGAGCCUUCCGUGGCCGGUGCGGUCAAUGGCAUGGUCACCGGCCUGGUUUGCAUCACUCCUAGGUCAGGAGUGGUCCAAGGCUGGGCGGCGAUCCUCAUGGGAGUCGUUUCCGGGAGCGUCCCGUGGUACAUGAUGAUGGUCCUCCACGACAAAGUCGGGCUCCUGAGGCAGGUCAAUGACCCAAUGUCCGUUCUCCACACCCACGCGGUUGCCGGCACCCUGGGUGGCAUCCUCACCGGAUUCUUUGCCGUGCCGAGGCUGUGUCGCCUCUUCUACAUGGUGCUUGAUUGGGAGAAGUACAUCGAGCUCGCCUACGGCCUCCAGAACAGGACGACCACCAACACCGGGAUCAAGCGGAUGGGGGCCCAGCUCCUGGGCAUCGUUUUUGUCACAUGUCUCAACGUGGCCGUGACGAGCUUGAUCUGCCGGCUCGUCCGGCUCGCGGUGCCUCUUAGGGUGAGCAAAGGGGAGAUGCAAGUCGAGGACGACGCGGUCCAUGGGGAGCAAGGGUUCGCGCUCGUGGGGGACGAGGAGAGGUUCGAGAUUGCCAAGCACAACACGGUUUACAACAUGGAGUACGAGCCUCCUUCGAUCGUAUCCAAAUCUCUAGGAGAUAUCCAGAAGGUAUAAUACUC